CUCUCUCUCUCUCAUCCUUCCUCUCCGCCUCUCGGGCUGCAGCUCCAGUUUCUCUCUGGAAGUUGCAGGCUGCUCUCUCUCUCCUCUCCGCUCCCUGACUGCUGGACUGAGGAAUUAUGAGCAGAGCUCUUCCCGCCUCUGACACUCUGUCUUGAAUCAAUCUGUGUUUCCCAACCGAACCGAACCGAGGCGAGCAUGGAGACCGGACUCUGCAUCCUCCUGACUUUCCUCCUCCAGCAGAUUGCUCACGCAGGCGGCCAUGACGGCGGCCAUGACGGCGGCCAUGACGGCUGUGUCCCCGGCUUCCAGGUCAGGAACUACCAGCUGGUGUUGAGCGGACCGCUGCAGAAAGGCCAGCCGCUUCUACAAGUGGAGUUUGAUGACUGCGCGGGGAACGAGGAUGUGUCGUUUGAAGUGUCAGACCCCAGCUUCCACGUGGACGGAGACCUGAACCUGGUUCCCCACCGGGACGUGGAGUCCUGCGGCCCGGUGCUGCUGGUCCACGGCUUCGGAUCGCACGCAGACGACCGGGCGCAGGUGGACGUCUCCCCACUUCCUGUCCGGUCAGAGAACACGCUCAUGGAGGUUCUGGGCCUCGACCUGAAGCCACCGUACCGAUCGAAGAGAGCGCUGCUCAUCCCGCCGAUGAUCGUCACUGAGAACCAGAGGGCUCCGUUUCCCAGGCUCAUCGGCAAGUCUCAUGUAAUUUUGACAGAGAAGCCAGUGCACCAUAUCUUCCGACUGACAGGCCCCGGCGCUGACCAAUAUCCCAAAGGUCUUUUCACCAUUGACAUAGACACAGGAGACGUGUCAGUCAGCCGCUCACUGGACCGAGAGGCCAUCGACUCCUACCAGCUGGAGGUUUCCACCACAGACUUCUCUGGGAACGUCAUCGAGGGACCCGUCAUACUCGUCGUCACCGUCAUCGACCAAAACGACAACCGGCCCAUCUUCAAGGAGUCCCGCUACACAGGAGAGGUGCUGGAGGGAUCGCCCACAGGAACCACGGUGAUGACCAUGACGGCGUUCGACGCGGACGACCCCAACACUGACAACGCCGUGCUGCGCUACAACAUCAUCAGGCAGUCGCCGGACAAACCUUCGCCCAACAUGUUCUACAUCGACGCAGAGAAAGGCGACAUCGUCACGGUCAUUUCUCCGUCGUUACUGGACAGGGAGACUCUCCCAACUACGACGUAUGAACUGGAGAUCGUGGCCAAGGACAUGGCAGGAAGUGAGGUGGGCCUGACAGGAACCGCCACGGCCACCAUCACCAUCACAGACAAGAACGACCACGCCCCAGAGUUCACCCACCCUCUGGUGACUGGGCGCUUUGUGCUGCAGGAGGAAUUGGGGCUUAUCAGCAGCAGGGCAGAGGCUCAGAGGCUGCAGCACAGAAUGAAGUUUGAGGCUCGUGUGCAUGAGGGCUCCCGAGGCGUCGUGGUCAACCUGACGGUGGACGACCGGGACGACCCGGCCACGGGCGCCUGGCGAGCCACGUACUCCAUCAUCAGCGGAGAUCCCAGACGGAGCUUCGAGGUCCAGACCAACCCAGACAACAACGAAGGGAUGCUGUCGGUGGUCAAGCCUCUGGACUACGAGACCGCGGCGCUGCACACGCUCCUCAUCAGAGUGGAGAACGAGGAUCCUCUGGUUCCCGACGUCGGUUACGGGCCCAGCUCCACGGCAACCAUCCACGUCACAGUGGAGGACGUCAACGAGGGACCGGACUUCUUCCCAGACCCCCUGCUGGUCACCAGGAUGGAGAACAUCCCAGUGGGCAGCUUCGUGGCGUCACUCAACGCCUCGGACCCGGACAUACUGGAGACCCAGAGCAUCAGAUAUGCGGUUCUGAGCGACCCGGCCGCUUGGCUGAGUGUGAACCCGGUCAGAGGAACCGUCAACACCUCGGCCUCUCUGGACCGGGAGUCUCCGUAUGUCCAGGCCAAUAAAUACACGGCUCUGUUCGUCGCUACGGACAACGGCACGCCGCCGGCCACAGGGACCGGGACGCUCAUCAUCCAUCUGGAAGACUACAACGACAACGCCCCGUUCGUGGUGCCGUCCGUGGCGCAGGUGUGCGAGGACGCCGGCGACAUGAACGUAGCCGUGGUCGCGGGACGGGACAGAGACCUGGCGCCCAACGCGGCGCCGUUCAAGAUAGAACUGGGGAAACAACCGGGCCUGGACAAAACAUGGAGGGUCACCAGAAUCAACUCCACUCAUUCCCAGAUCAUGCUCCUGCACAGUCUGAAGAAAGCCAACUACCAGCUGCCGCUGCUCAUCACAGACUCAGGCGUGCCCCCUUUGUCCAACAGCACAGAGGUCAAAGUUCAGGUGUGCAUCUGUACAAAGACCAAGAGAUACUGCAGCUCCGCCCACUCCCACCGCACUAGCCUUGUUGUGCUGCUGUCGACGCUGCUGCUUGUCCGUCUCUGCCUGUAAGUCCUGCUGAAACCUCUCAUUGUCCUUUUCGCACCACUGAGAAGCAACAACGAAUCUCCCCACGCGCCCAGGAUGAGGAGAAGAAGAAGAAGAAGAAAUCUUCUCACCUCGACGAAACCCAACAAACAAAUCUAGAACUUUCUCUCUGGGGCAGAACGCCGCCUGUCAGCCAUGUUGGUUUUUAAAUCACUUCCUGUUCUCCUGCUGGCCCUCUUCAUUCUUCAGCUCCAUCUUCACCUCUCUGAUCUUGCGUUCCUAUUCUUUCUUUUCUCUCUCUCUCUGCAUCCAUCAUUGAUUAUUGAUUAUUGAUUUCUGUCCCAGCCUCUCCCCACCCCUCCGUUGCAGAGCUAGGAAUGUAGCGGUGUUAGCGGUGUUAGCAUCGCGCCACAUCCUGAAGGAACAUUAAUACUGAUAUUGAGAGAAAAAGCAGAUCAACUCCUAAUGAAGCAGAAACUUCCUCUCCCCGUCGUCAUGGCUACCUCUUUUACCUGUAACCCCAUGAAGACCACCUGGCCGUGUUAGCGUCUCCCGCCGUCCGCCCGCCCGCCGCCGGCCCAGUGAACUCUGCAGCCCGUCUGGUCGGCGGGGAGCGGCGCUUUUUGACCUGUUGCUUUCUCUUCUCGUCAGAGUGUUUGAUGGUUUGAUCUCGUCUCAGAGGACUGAAGCGUUUCUCGUUGUCUGCGGUCUGUUGGUGGUUGUGGCUUUUUUAGGACGAGGUUGUAGCCAUAAGCCUUCAAAAUAAGAGACUCUGGAGUCGUUUCCUCAGUUUGCUUCUGUUCUUAUCGCAUUAGUUAUCAUGGAGUGGAAAACAGUAAAUCUUUACAGUAAUGGUGUAAACCUGAAAAAAAGUACUAUUAUAUAAAUAUUUUUAUUUUUUACCAUUGUAUAAAUAUACAGUAUUGAUUAAUUUAUGUAGUUUGAUUGUAAGUCCGUUUUAAAAGAGGAAACCAUCUUUUCAGUGAAUUUAGAGGCUGUUGUUGUGUUCACUAUUUUACUGUAUCAUCUUUGUUUUCUGAUUGUUUUCCUUUUUAAAUUGUGAUUCAUUUUGUUUGACUGCAGCUGUGUUUGGGUUCGGUUCGUUCUCCCGCCUCUCCUCUCCGUCCAGCUCUCAUUUCCAGUCAGAAGAAGAAAAACAAAGACUUGGUGGAUCGUUUUGCUUUUUAUCUUCGCGCUCAUCAGAGAAACAUAGCGUGUGCGUUCGUCUGGAAGACCAACUUAAACAAAAAAGGACAUUUUGAAUGAGUUUUGUCUGUCUUUUGCACUAAUUUAAUAAAGCCGUUACUGAAAGUU